CCAGUCCCUGCUACGUGAGCUUGUGAGUGGGAGGGAAACCCCGUGGAUCGUACGGGAGCGCGCCGCGGCGCUGUGCAGUCAACUCAGUGAGCGGCAGCUGAGACAGAGCGACCAAUCUCACAGAACAAUCAGCCAUGGACAAGAGCCAACAUGUGCAGGGGGCUAAACUGGCGGAGCAGGCCGAACGUUAUGAUGACAUGGCCGCCUACAUGAAGGAAGUGACUGAGCUCGGAGAAGAGCUGACUGAUGAGGAGAGGAACCUUCUGUCUGUGGCCUACAAGAAUGUUGUGGGUGCUCGUCGGUCUGCAUGGAGGGUGGUGUCCAGCAUCGAGCAGAAGACAGAGGGCAGUGACAAAAAGGAUAUGGCUAAAGAGUACCGGGAGACGAUUGAGACUGAGCUGAAGUCCAUCUGCAAAGAUGUUCUGCAUCUUCUGGACAAGUUUCUGAUCCGCAACACUUCUCCGGCAGAGAGCCAGGUGUUCUACCUGAAGAUGAAGGGAGACUAUUACCGCUACCUGGCCGAGGUCGCAGCAGGAGAGGAGAAAUCCAAUAUCAUCCUGAAGUCUCAGGAAGGCUACCAGGCUGCCUUUGACAUCAGUAAAGAUAAUAUGCAGCCUACUCAUCCCAUCCGCCUGGGCCUGGCUCUCAACUUCUCUGUCUUCUACUAUGAGAUCCUCAACUCACCAGAGCUGGCCUGCAACCUGGCUAAGAAGGCUUUUGAUGAUGCCAUCGCCGAGCUGGACCAGUUAACUGAAGACUCGUACAAAGACAGCACACUGAUCAUGCAGUUACUUAGAGACAAUCUGACACUGUGGACCUCUGACAAUCAGGCCGAUGGCGAGGACACAGAGGAGGGACGGGAAAACUAAAGCCAAGCCAACUUUGAACCUUUUCAGUCAGCACAGCAAGAGACUAUGCUGACGCUUCUACAGUUCCAGCUUCAUACUCACCAGCCCGUCAUUUGUGUGUAUGUUUGGAUAUGAGAGUGUGAAGGAAAGACUGUUUAAUGGCCAUGUAUGUGUGUUUGUUUGGGGGGAGGGGAGCAAACAGCAGCUAUUUGUCGAUAAAAUGUGUUAAUUUGGUGGAGUGAACAACACGUUUUAGUUUGUUGGCUUUUUGGGUGCUCUUGCCUAUGGCCGUUGAGAUGCUUUUGCAUCCCAUAAGAGUCACCAUUAAGCCAACAUGACAACAACAUUAAACUUUUAUAAGAGCAUAGGCAUGAGCGAGAGAGAAUGAAACCUUUUCUGAGUUUGCUAGGGGAGCGUUUAGUGAUCGGGUUUCUUGUGGCUUAGACUGAAUUCUUACUUUUCCUAACCAAACGAGGAAGGGAUAGUCGAUGGCUUUGGUUUGUGUACCUUCAGUUGUCAAGUAUUUGAUUUCUCAUUGGUGAUAAAUGUACACGUUUCAUUGUCAACCACAGACCUAAGAUUAAAAAGACUUGACCACAUGGCUUAUACUGUAACUUUGAUAUACAUGUCUUGCUAUGAAAACAGUAAGUAAUGCUUUUCAUGUGCUUAUCUAAUUAAUACUGUUUUCUAUUAGGAUUGUUUUUGUUUUAUUUGUACUACUACUUACUAAAUCUGUUUUUAGUUUGUUUUGUUUACUCUUUUGAUACUUGCCUACAAUGCAUGUAGCUUUAGUUAAUCAGGGUGACUGGACUUGGCUGCUUAGAAACUGUCUUCUUUGGAAUUUUCAUACGAAACACUCAGCAUUAUUGUUAUGUUACCAAGGGUGGGCAGAGGGAUGUGGAUUUCAUGUAAGUGGAAUUAAAAAAUAUCUAAAAAAAAAAAA